AUGAUGCAACCUACUCGCUGCUUUGUCAUCUCCCUUCUCCGUUUGUCGCCUUGCCGUCACUCCCUAAACGCCCUCCUUCAUCCCUCCUUUCAGUGGAUUGAGGCUGCGGACGAAGCCGUUCAGGCUGCCAAAAAGAAGGCGGAAGAUGUAUAUGGGAGGUUGGAUCAUAAUAAUAAUAAUAAUAAUAAAGCGCCUGCAGGUACUACGAUUGGCCAAAAUAUUGAGAAAAUUAAGCAAGCUAAAGACAAAGUUAGUCAAGUUGACGAUCAGUUGAAAAGUAUUCACGCAGAUUUAGGUAACUGGAAAUCCGCGGCAAGUGACGUCCUUUCCACAGCGGUUAAGAAGGCGACGGAAGUCCAUGGCAAGUUGGAUCCUGAUAAAAGUAAGUCGACGCUUGGUGGUAAAAUCGGAGAAAUUGAAGACGCAAAAAACAACAUUAUUAGCGCAAAUUCACAACUGAAAACACAAGUCGACAGCCUUAGUAAUUGGAUCUCCACCGCGGAGGACAUCCGCCAAAAGGCCCAGCAAAAAGCGGAAGAGGCUUACAGUAAGUUGGACGUUCACGCUGAAUUGAGCAAGAAUGUCAAGAAGAUUGUUGAUGCUAACAGUGUAAUUAAAAAUGUUAACAAGAGUCUGACAAGUGUCCAUGGCAAUUUGGGUACCUGGAAUGCUGAGGCCAAGAGAGUGCUCCAAGGAGCGAUUGGAAAUGCCAAGGAUGUUCAUGAUAGGUUGGAUGAUAAUAGUGCGGAAGUUGGUCAGAAAAUUAAGAGUAUUGAAACAAAUAAUGAUGCAAUUAAACAAGCAAAUAAAACUCUCGAAGAAAAUGUUAAGAGUCUGGGAGCCUGGAAGUCUGCGGCGGAGAAGGUGAUUGACAAGGCGGAGCAGAAGUGUAAUAGAAUUUUGGAGAAAGUUAGUCCAAAAGGUCCAAUUUAUAAGCAAGCUGAAAUAUUAAAAGAGAAAGGCAUAAAGCUUUUUAAUGCUGCUAAGUCGGCCAAGACAGCUGUUGAGUCUCAGGUCUCUGAGGCCUUGCAGGCUGUUGUUCAAAUGGACGCAUCUCUCAAGAAGGAUUUGAAGAGUGUGAAGGAGGAGAUUAAGAAAGGGAUUACAAGUGUGAUUACUAAGUUGAAAGUGAAGACUUUGGAUGGUUUGGUGAAACAGGAUUUGGGGAAGUUGAGGGGGAGGAUUGAGGGGCUUGGCAAGGAUCUGGAUGGCGCUGGAGAGAGUCAUCAUCUUGUUGGUACCCACUUAACAACGCUAAAAAGCAAGAAAAGUGAGCUGGAUAAAAUUACUCAUAAUGGUCCCACUUCAAUUAAAACUGAGGUGGACAGUGGGCUUGACAGUAAGUUUCAGACUGCGGUCCAACAUCCGCUUAGCGAGAAGGUAGAUAAUGUUGACCAGGCGAUUGAGAAGCUUGGCGGGAAGUUUGAUGGGCUCACAAAGCAGGAUCAAAAUAAACUUGAAAUGAUUUUCGGGCAUAUUAAAGAAAAGGUUGCGGCGAUUAAGGGGACACCGGGGAGAAACCCCAAUGGUAACGAUGGUACAGAACUAGAAGGUGUUGUUCAGAGAGUAAAAGGGCUUGCUAGGGCAUUUGUUAACCCUGCCGGAAAAGGUUUUGAGGCCAGAGUGGUCGGAUGGCUACAGAACAGUAUUCUGGGGAAUGGUAAGCAGUCAUGGGAAAGAGAAUAUAAGCCCGGGAUGCAAGCCGUGAAUACAUGGCUUGAGCCGUAUCAGAAGGCGGCUAAGGGGGGCGGGCAUAAUGAACAAGCAUUGAAAGAUCAAGUUAUAAAUAAUAUUAAGAGUACGCUUGGAGGCCAAAUCAGGGAAGCUCAGCGGAUGAUUAUGUCAGUGCAGAAUGGCCCCAAGUUCAUUAACAAUAAUCUCACUGCCAUCGUGAAGGCCUGCGAGACGUUCGUCGAGAAACUUGAUGAAAAGAUUAAGAAGGAUGCAAUUGAUAGCCUUGUACGGCAGAUAGUUCCGAACAUUCAGCGGUGGGCAAGCGGGCAGAGCCUUCAGAUUUUUAAUGAAGACGCUGAUCUCAAGUGUGCCGUCCGCUACACUCUCCUUGCACUCUGCGCUUCUGUGAGGCAGGUUGGCAUUGAGCUCAAAUCAUUAGGCAUCGACAAGUUUGGCGAAAUUUUGGACCAAAUUAAACCGACUGUAGAUGAUCUCGACAAGCAGCUGAAAGAGGCGACUAGCCCUCCCGGCAUCCCUCCCACCGGCAAAAAUGAAAGCCCCGCCCAAGCCGUGGACAGUAAGUUGCAGGCGGUGAGGGAGAAGGUUAAGGGGCUUGAAGAGAACUUUAAGAAAGUCAAGCAGAAUCUGGAGGCUGAGGUUGCCAAACUUCCCUCCGCCGUUGAGACUUUCAACACUAAAGCUCAAGCACAGAUCAAGGCUGCAGCCCAGACGGCGAUUGACAAGGCGGCUGGGCAGAUUAGCAAGGGCACUACAAUAACUCUUAGUGAAGAUGGCCUAAUGUCUGAUUUCGAGAAAGCCCACAAGCAGAUCAGAAAUGGUCUCCAAAAACAACUUGAGCAGAAAGUUAAUGACAACAUUGGGGAGGAUGAUCAGGCAGGUGGUGGUCAAAAAGUUGAACUUGAGAAAGGAAAAUUUCCGCAAUAUGAGAAACACGUUACACAACCUGUCAAUCAUACUCUAACCGGCGAACAAGCAAAAAACGAAGGCCUUCUUCCACAGGCGAUCGGGAAGAUUAGGGGUGAUGGACUGGAAGCGCUUGAAAAGACAAUUGGUCAUACUGCCCAGCAGUCAGAUAAAAUUGAUAACAAUACCUUCACCGGUCCGUUCGACAAAAUUCAGAAAGAGCUUGAAGAGAUCAAGAAAUUGGUUGAUGGGAACAAUGCGUCGUUCACGCAAGGUGAUGAAAACCAAAAAGGUGUGAAAACGCUGCUCGAAGAUCUUAAAAGAGGACUUGGGAACGGCAAAUAUCCAUGGAUCACCGGUGUUAGUGGCCUUGAUAAGAUUAUAUUGGCGGUUAACGAUCUGCAAAAAGGGACGUUUAAUAGCGAACCCGGCAAAAUCGACAUAGCCGUCAUAGCAAUUAAGACGGAGCUUAAGAACCUUAGAGAGAAGUUGAUGAAAAAGAAGGAUGAAGAUGUAAUCAAGACUCUGGAAGAUUUGAAAAAUUAUGGUCUUGAAAAUGGUGCUUUUACAUUUAGUACUAAUAACAAAUGGAAAAAUGUUGGCAGUUUCAAAAGUAUCCAUAUUGACCUUAAAAAGCAAAAUGAGAUAUUGCCAAAACAGACUGACAUAAUCAGCAAUGCUGUCGACGCAGUUAAGUUGGAGCUUGCAAGGAUAGGAAUUAAGAUUCAAAAUAUUGCCGGUACUAAUGACGUCCUAGACCCGUUGCGUUGGUUUAAACGGAGCAUUGGUAAAAAUGCUCCGGAGGCGUGGAAUAUCCAAGGAAUUCACGACGCAAUUCAAAAGCUGCAAUCCGGUGAUUUUACUAAUAAACCUCAAGCCAUCGAUGUCGCCAAGAAAGACAUUGUUAAAGAACUCACUGCCCUCCAAGGUGUGUUGCAGGGCGACAAGCCAGGCGACGACGUCAUCAAGACGCUGGAGGAUCUGAUGGACACCGGACUGAGUAAAGGAAUGUGGGAUGUAAAUGUACAUGGCAAAAUGAAAGGCCUACAAGGCAUCCAGGAAGAUCUAAAAGGCCAACAAAUAAUAUUGGAGAGACAACCUGGUGAAAUACUUCUUGGUGUCCAACAGAUCACCGCGGAGCUUGACACGCUGCGGAGUCAGAUGCUUAAAAAGGAUGGCAAUGAAGCAACCAAAAAAGGUGUGAUUAACAACCUGGAUGACAUGAUAAAGCAGAUCGGCAACAGUGACAAUGACAGUGAGAGCCUCAGGAAAAUGAGUAAGGAAAUUGACACCCUUAACACUGUCACAGUCCCGAAGGUGACCGAGCAUCUCGUCAAGCUGUGUCAAGAGAUUCAGACUGCAGGGGCGUACGCCGGUUGGAAGCUGGACACAUUCAAUGACACAAACAUAGACGUGAGCCUGAAAGGAAUAGAGAAUGACAUCAGUCUCCAGAUCCCCGCGCUCCAGGCGGCCAUCGCCAUGUGCGAUAAUCUUUACAGACUGCUGCAACCGCAAGCCGAAGCACAGAUCAUCAGCCGUAUCAACAAGCACAUCGAUGAGGCACUCAAGGAAGCCGAAGAGGCGCUGACAAAGCAGGCGCGGCGGCAGUACGUGGAGUCCGCGAAGGACGCGCUUCAACACUUCGCCUUAAAGGCGGAGAGUGAGCUGGGGGAGCUGCCCGGCGAGAUAAACAGGGAUCUCUUCGUGGGCUUCAAGGGCCUCAUGAAAUACGUGUACGGACAUUUUGAUAGCCUCGAAAGCGUGAGGGAAGAGAAGGAAAUUGCCGUCAUAUCCUCCGCCUUCCACAGCUUCUACGCCCCGGUCAACGAGUAUCUCGGCAGUGAGAUCCGGAGGGAGCACAGGGAGCGUGAGGGCGAAAAAAAUCCCUGCUCCCCAAGUCCCAAGAGCGCUACGCUGACAGACUUAGCCGGAGUGCUUCGCCAGGCCAAGCACGGCUGUGAUAGACGGCGUGACGGACGGCUCAGUGCCUUCGCCGCCGAGCUGAGGAACGCGUACAUCAGUGCGUACUCCGGCGCCGCGCUCACCGGUGACUUAGUCAGCAGUGAGGCCGUGAGCGAGAGAAGCGUCACAGUGUUGACACCUUAUGGCGAGAAUCUGUGUAAGGUGUUGCUCAGCAUAGUGCCGAUACUUGACAGUUCAUUGACAAGGUUGAGGAUGGAGUGUAAGAGCCUCGCUGGACAGCAACUCAACAAAUGUACGGACCUAGGCAGCCUCCUCGGCGAGAUGGGCUACAGAGUCCCAGACUACGGCGAGCAGGACGGCGAGUUGGACAGCCACGUGACCGGUAGAGGAAUUACCAUGCUCCUCGUCGGCGAUUAUAAGCGUGUCUUCAACUCUGAUAAGGACACCAAAAUGCGCUCGGGAUUCUUCUCGAUCAUCUCAACGAUUACUACAAGGCGUGUCACUUCAAUCUUCCACGUUCGCUCAGGACGCCGUGCAACGUAUAUGAGAUGCUCGUAUGGCUGA